UAAAAUUAAUUUUACCACAGACUCAAAAACCUAACAGUCUUUGCGUUGAAUGUAUGUAUAACUAAAUAAUUAUUCACUCUUUGAUUCUCAUUUUUCUCCUUAUACAAACGAACAAUCGAUCAAAGUUAUUCGUGGUUUUAUAUUCAGCAUUUGACAUGAUGUUGGGAUCGAGAAUCGAUUGCAGGUUAUAGAUUUUUUUUCUUAAUUGUGAUUUGAAGCAGAAGAUGAGCUCGCAGAAGCAAGUGAUGAUUCGAGACUUGGUGGAGGAGGCGAAGAAGAGGAUUGUGUUUUUGGUGAUAUGCGUCGUCGGGUUGUCAUACUUAAUGUCAUUGACAAGCUCUUCUGUUUUGGUAAACUUGCCUGCUGCUGCCUCCUUAAUUAUCCUGCUUCGGUAUUUCGCUAUAGACUUUGAAAUGAGGAGAAAAGCUGCAUCAUACAGUAGUAAACCUUCCUCAGGAAACAUAGUGUCUCAAAAUAAACCUCCAGACUGUACCAAAAUUGUUGGACGUUCUGACUGGAGAAGGAAUGUCAAUUCUCCUGUUGUUGAGGAUGCAAUUGAUACAUUCACAAGGCAUUUAGUUUCUGAGUGGAUUACAGACCUCUGGUACUCACGUUUAACACCUGAUAAAGAAGGCCCUGAGGAACUUGUACAUAUCAUAAAUGGUGUUCUAGGGGAGUUGUCAGGUCGAAUGAGGAAUAUAAAUCUUAUUGAUCUGUUGACAAGGGAUCUUGUUACUCUCAUUUGCACCCACGUGGAGCUUUUUCGUGCUAGUCAGGCUAAGAUUGAAAAGCACCAAUCGGAAACUCUUACUAUUGAAGUCAGAGACAUGGAAAUAAGGCGUGUUUUGGCUGCUGAGGACAAGUUGCACCCUGCUUUAUUUUCUGCUGAAGCUGAGCACAAGGUUUUGCAAUGCAUAAUGGAGGGUCUCAUUUCUUUCACAUUCAGACCUGAAGAUCUUCAGUGUUCUUUCUUUCGUUAUAUUGUCAGGGAGCUGCUUUCUUGUGCAGUGAUGCGACCAGUCUUAAAUUUGGCCAGCCCAAAGUUUAUCAAUGAAAGGAUUGUAUUCUUAUCCAUUAAUAUGAGCAAGAGUAGGGGAUCUGGAGCAGCACAAGAGACAUCCCAGUCCAAACCCAAUGGGUCUCCCAGGAUCUCCUCUGAUCACUUUUCGAGGAUUCUAGAUCCUUCUGUCACUGGUGUUGAACUUGUACAGUUAAAAAAUGAUCAGUCUAGAAAUACUGCUGUUGCAGAUACAAAAGAUGAUCUAAAUGGUACACAUUAUUCGAAAGAUCCAUUGCUUUCCAUGGAUACUCGAGCCUCCCGUUCAUGGAGCUCAUUGCCAUUGAACACCCAACCUAGUGAUGGAAAAUUUAUUCAACAACGCAGAUCAGGAGGAGAAUGGGGUGACAUGUUAGAUCAAAUUUAUCGCAGAAAAACUCAAGCCCUUGCUCCAGAACAUUUUGAGAAUAUGUGGGCAAAAGGUAGGAAUUACAGAAAGAAGGAAGGCGAAAAUCAAGUAAUUGAGCAAGUCCCACAGUGUUCUGCUGGGAAGUGUGUUUCAGUGGAUUCUUUGAAGGCAACACCAAAUUCCAAAGGAAAAGAUAGUAUGAUCAAGGCUAAUGCCCUCAGGAGCCACACUUCACAAGAUGGGCAUGCUGAUCAAUAUGCAGAUAGGAAGAUAUCAAAUUGCUCUUCUGCCACUUCAUACCAAGAACAUGAUGACAGCCUCAUGCCCUUGGAGGAGGUUGAAUCAGGGAGCAGUAGUUUGUAUACUUCAGAAGAUGAAGAAACAGAAGCACUAGGUCUUGAUUCUCCAGGAACUAAAGUUUGGGAUGGAAAGAGUAACAGAAAUGUGGCUGUUUCUCACAUUCAUCAUCCACUUGAAAGUCCUGAUGGCCAUAUCUCAAAGAGGAGUGGUAGAAGACAGGUUCAAUAUGGAUUACCUCGAACACAUUCUGGCCGGAAAAGGUUUAGAUUGAGCAGUCAGAAAUCACCCGUUUGGCAAGAGGUUGAGAGGACAAGCUUCUUAUCUGGGGAUGGACAGGAUAUACUUAGUUCAUUAAAUGGACUAGCUAAAAUUGACGAGUCAAGUGAUGAUUCUGAGAGUGAAAUUUUGGGUAGAUUUCAAAGCGGAGCAGCUGCUUCUUCUUCUGCAUCCUUUAUUUCAAUACCAGAAAGUCGUAGUUCAAGUGUUACUUCCCAGCAAAGUUCGUUGAUGGUGGAUUCUUUUUUUAAGUUGAGAUGUGAGGUACGUGGUGCAAAUAUUGUGAAGGGUGGCUCUAGAACAUUUGCUGUUUAUUCAAUAUCUGUGACAGAUGCAAAUAGUAAUAGUUGGUCUAUCAAAAGAAGGUUCCGACAUUUUGAGGAGCUGCAUCGACGUCUUAAAUUUUUUCAAGAGUACAAUCUUCAUUUGCCUCCAAAACAUUUUCUGUCAACAGGUUUAGAUGUACCUGUCAUUCAAGAACGGUGUAAAUUGCUUGACAGAUAUUUGAAGAAACUCCUGCAGCUUCCUACAGUUUCUGGAUCAAUUGAAGUUUGGGACUUUCUUAGCGUAGAUUCCCAGACAUAUGUAUUCUCAAAUUCCUUCUCUAUUGUCGAAACAUUAUCAGUUGACCUUGAAGAUAAACCAUCUGAAAAGGUUUCAAAUACUGCUUGGCCAGUAGUCAGUCCAUCCUCCAGGAGGGAACAUUUUGGCUCUGAAAGCAAGGAAUCAACACAGCAAGUGAAGGAUAAUUUUAUUGCUGAUGGUAAAAAAAGUCAUGCGAAAGAAAUGUCUCAUUCUCCAUUAAAGGCCAAUAAUAAAGAACUUGGGAAGUCAUUAGAUGACCCUGGAAGUGGUUCAGAUAAUAAGGUGCUGAAUAAUUCGUCAUAUUUCAGAAACUUGGGUAAAAUUGUGAAAGGAAAAGAGAAUGAUGGUUCAGUGGAGAAAUCUGAGUUGCUUGAUGCUGCCACUGAUCCAACCCUACCUAGUGAGUGGGUGCCGCCUAACUUAAGUGCCCCCAUAUUAGAUUUAGUAGAUGUCAUUUUCCAGCUCCAAGAUGGUGGGUGGAUAAGGCGGAAGGCAUUUUGGGUGGCCAAACAGGUUCUACAACUUGGGAUGGGCGAUGCCUUUGAUGAUUGGUUAAUAGAGAAAAUUCAGCUUUUACGCAGAGGAUCAGUGGUUGCUUCUGGUAUCAAAAGGGUUGAGCAGAUACUUUGGCCUGAUGGAAUAUUCAUAACCAAACAUCCAAAGCGACGACAAGCACCACAACCCAGCAGCCCAUUGCCAAGUUCUCCCCAUCGUCAGCAACCUUCGCCAAUCUCUCCUAAGUUAACUGAAGAGCAAAAACAGGACAUGGAACGAAAUGCAAAGCUUGUGUAUGAACUAAUGAUUGACAAAGCCCCAGCUGCUAUUGUAGGCCUUGUUGGUCGUAAGGAGUAUGAACAAUGUGCUAAGGAUCUCUACUUUUUUAUUCAGUCACCUGUUUGUUUGAAGCAAUUGGCAUUUGACCUUCUUGAGCUGCUAUUGUUGUCUGCACUUCCGGAACUGGAUUAUGUCUUCAAGCAGUUGCAUGAAGAAAAACAUAAAUUUGGUGAUUUUAAAUCAUAACGGAAAUUUGCUUCUCCAAUUAAUUUUCAAAGAUGGGAUAAUCGUGGUUUGGUGUUUCUUCUUCUGGUACAUAGCUUGAGAUGAUGCGUCCAUUAUCGGUUUCUGUUUAUUCACGACUGAAAACAUUCCUCAUUGUGAAUGAUAGCAUCAAAAUCAUUGAUUGAUUGAUAGGUCUAAACUUUUUUGUAAUUAGUUUGUUGAUUUGGCAUUUGGAGGAAAUUGUAAUUAAGCCAUGAGAUAAGUGCAUAUAUAUAAGCAAAGAUUUCUUUUACAA